AUGCUUUAUCACAUCGAUUUGCUGGAAUUAAAACCGAACAUACGAUUGGAAAAUGUUAUCAAAAGCAUUUCUAGCCAACUGAUAAACUCAGAACAAGCCUACGCAUCAGCACUCGAUUGCGCAACUAACACCAGCGGCAACCUUACUAAUAUAAUAGAAACAAAAUCCACUAAACCCCAGCCACUUCUUCAAGCUGCCGCCGAUAGCAGCGCACCUGAGACGCUUUUCCUGCAACAAAUAAUUAACAAUUAUGUCGACCCCCUGCGGCAGGCAAUUACAAAAUUGCAACGAAAGUUGUUGGAACCCACACAGAAGAAAUUCUAUUUGCAUCGUCGUGUCGGCCACCUGUUGCCGCUGACUAACGUCUGCUUCGACAGGAGCGGUACGCGCUGCUUGACCGGCAGUUAUGAUCGUACCUGUCGCAUAAUUAACACAGACGACUCGGGCGAAGAGCAACUGUUAAAGGGGCAUGAUAAUGUUGUAUUCUCGGUUGCCUUCAACCAGCCAAAAUGCGACAAAGUGGUCACUGGCUCUUUUGAUGGUACGGCCAGAGUAUGGCAUACAUCAAAUGCUCAAUCAGUAUGUACGCUGUACGGACACACUGCCGAACUGGUAAUGGCUGAAUUUGACCCCAUACAAUCGACCAUGGUGGCUACCGCUUCAAUGGAUGGCAGCGCGCGCCUAUUCGACAUAGAAACAGCCUUUGAGCUGCACGUCCUCAACCAUCAUGGUGCCGAAGUGAUAGCCAGUCGCUUUAGUCGCUGUGGCACUAUGCUGCUAACAGCUUCUUUCGAUGGCACUGCGGCCAUUUGGGAUAUACGACAGGGUUGCCUCAUCUCGCAAUUGCGUGGGCACACCGCUGAGCUUAGCAAUUGCAUAUGGAAUUUCGCUUGUAAUCGCAUUGCUACUUCUUCGCUGGACAGCACAGCGCAACUGUGGGAUAUCCGUAAGCUCGAUGUGCCACUUUUUAACAUCACCGGGCAUCGCGAGGAGGUGCUUGAUGUUUGCUUUGACUCUACUGGCUGCCGAUUGGCCACUUGUAGCAGUGAUUGUACAGCACGCGUGUGGAAUGUACGUGGCGAAUUGGAGCAGCUGUCGGUUAUGGAGGGUCAUAAAGAUGAGGUUUCCAAGGUUUGUUUCAGUCCGCCAGGCGCUCUGCUAAUGACCGCCUCGGCUGAUCAUACGGCGCGCUUGUGGCUUACUGAGACAGGUCAAUGUUCGCAAGUCUUGAGUGGCCACGAUUCUGAAGUGUUUUCUUGCGCCUUCAGCUAUGCGGGUGAUAUAAUUGUAACGGCAUCUAAGGACAACACUUGCCGCUUAUGGAGAUGAUAUGACUGGUAUACGGUUGGAUUCAGUGAUAUGGAUUAAAGCGAAGUUAAGAUUAUCAGCAACAUAUGUACAUAUCUUAGUAGAGGGAGGCGCCUUUUUCUGUAGUAUUGCGUUAAUGAUUUAUAGCAGCGACCGAAA